UAAGAACGCGUACUUUAUUAUGCUCCACUUGCAGAACAACUAGUUCCACCCAACAAUAACACAAGUAGCUUCUCAUAAAAAAGAAACUUCAGCUUGUUUCAUGACAAUAAUUAACUCUUCUUUUUACAUUACCCAACAAUUUCAAGCUCGAUCACGCCCAUUAACUUCUAACCUUGUUCCUCGCAGAGCCUCGAACUUAAAUUAAAGAAAAUGUUUCAUCAUCAUCAUCAUCGCCAUCAUCACAAUUCAAAGCUUUCUAUUCUCAUCAUCAUCACAAUCUUCAUAACAGUAAUAACUGCUGAUCAAAACAACAAUCACUGCAACAGAAGAUGCGGAGAACAAUCCGUGAACUACCCAUUCGGAUUCUCAGAAGGUUGCAAAAUCAAAUUAAACUGCAGCAACAACAACAAUCAAAUCAAAAUUGGCGACUUAACUGUUCAAAAACUGAACUCUGAUAGCAUAUUCAUAUCUCUACCAGCGAAAUGCAACCGUAACACCAGUUUCAUAUACCCGCUUUUCGGCAAAAACUAUGCUCCAACAUGGAACAACACCUUCCUCGUUCAGAGAUGUAGACCAAAUCUUAGCGGUUGUGUUAUUCCAACUUCGAUUUUUGCUGGAACACAAAUAGAUGUUGAAGGUUGUGGUUCGAGAAGUAAAAGUGAUUACAUCACUUGCUUCACGCAAUCGCAGCGUAAAACAUCGCGUGAGGAUGUUCUUACGCCUGAUGAUUGGAAUAAAACUGGAUGUGAAUUGUUGUUCUCGGCUAUUGCUGUUGAUAACAGCACAGUCGAUGAUGUUCCGCUUCAGUUUCAGGUGGUAGAGUUAGGGUGGUGGCUUGAAGGUUCUAGUUCAUGUUCUGAUGAUGCUAAUUGUACGGUGGUUCAUCUUGCCGGAGAAAAACAAGGUUUCCGGUGUCGUUGCCGUGAAGGUUUAGUCGGAGAUGGAUUUGUAAACGGUACUGGUUGCCGGAGAGCUUCACAUUGCAGUCUUUCAACACUUGGGUCUAGCAAAUGUGCAAAAGCACUCAGAAUUGGUUUACUUCUUGGAGUGAUCAUAGUCGGAGCCUUAGUGACGGCUGCACUGUCUCUAGUAUGCUACUUCACAAAUCGCCGAUCGACAUGGCUAACAAAACAAUUGACAGUAAGGCGCCUAUUAAGAGAAGCUGCAGGAAACUACAUUGUUCCUCUCUACCCUUACAAAGAAGUAGAAAGGGCCACAAAUUUUUUCUCUGAGAAACACAGGCUAGGAACUGGUGCUUACGGCACGGUAUAUGCAGGAAACCUUCACAACAAUGAAUUGGUUGCUAUAAAAAAGAUCAGGUAUAGAGACACCAACAGUGUUGACCAAGUCAUGAAUGAAAUCAAACUCCUUUCUUCGGUAAGUCACCCGAAUUUAGUUCGACUUUUAGGUUGCUGCAUAGAAAAAGGAGAACACAUACUUGUUUAUGAGUAUAUGCCAAAUGGAACACUAUCUCAACAUUUACAAAGGGAAAGAGGUGGAACGCUUCCUUGGACAAUAAGACUCACCAUUGCCUCUGAAACUGCUAACGCUGUAGCAUUUCUUCAUUCUUCAAAUCCUCCGAUUUAUCAUAGAGACAUAAAAUCUAGUAACAUACUAUUGGACUUCAGUUUUCAAUCAAAAGUAGCAGAUUUCGGACUUUCUAGGCUUGGCAUGACAGAAAUAUCACAUAUCUCAACCGCCCCACAAGGGACUCCAGGUUAUGUUGAUCCACAAUACCAUCAAAACUUUCAUCUUUCUGAUAAAAGUGAUGUCUAUAGUUUCGGUGUUGUCUUGGUAGAGAUAAUAACAGCGAUGAAAGUGGUUGAUUUUGGUAGACCUCAAAGUGAGAUUAAUUUGGCAGCGCUUGCUGUUGAAAAGAUUAGGAAAGGCCGUGUCGACGACAUCAUAGAUCCUUUCCUUGAUCUUAAUAGAGAUGCAUGGACACUCUAUUCUGUUAACAAGGUAGCUGAGCUUGCAUUUAGAUGCCUUGCUUUUCAUAGCGAAUCGAGGCCUAAUAUGAUUGAAGUUGCUGAGGAGUUAGAUCAUAUCAGGCGUAGCGGAUGGGCGACGAUGGAGGAAACUAUAUGCUUGGGCUCAUCGGUUGGAUCCGGGUGUUCAUCUCCUCGUUAUAAUGGAAAUGAGAAUUUAGCCUCAAAGCAUGAGAUAUUGGUUGUUCCACAAAAGAGUAACAGUUUUUUGCAUACAAUAGAGGAAGUGAAGGAUAGUUCCCCUGUAUCUGUUCAUGGUACUUGGUCAAGUAGACCUAGUUCACCUUCAACAAACAGCUUGUUAGGAAAUGUUGUUCAGUGAAAUGAACUUAUUUUGUGAAUCACAAAGACAUGGCGUUAGAAUUGUAUAUAAAGUAAACUGUGAAUAUUUACUAUUAGACAAAUAAGCUGGAAAUAACUAAUACCAGAACCUAUGUUUAUCUUGUUUGUAAUUUGGUUAUUGAAGGAAGGUUUUUUUGGCGAGUUUACUGCCAAAGUUGUCUUAAUAACAUAAGUACAAUUAUAUCUUAA